AUGGUAGCCGGUCUGAUUACAAUACUAAAGAAGUACCGUCUAGAGCUGGCUGAGGGCAUGAAGAGUCCAAGAAUCUGCAUUGGAAUGAGAUUCGCGAGAAUGCAAAUGGUAGCCGGUCUGAUUACAAUACUAAAGAAGUACCGUCUAGAGCUGGCUGAGGGCAUGAAGAGUAACGUGGUGCUGAGGAUCAGUACAAUGGUCGCACAGCCGUAUGGAGGCAUACGACUCAAGUUCAUUAAAAGAGAAGGGUGGGAACAACGAAUACUGCAAGCUCCUUCUUCAGUAUCUGAUAAUCGGUCUAGUGUUAGAUCCUGA